UCAAAACGCGCGAGCGCCUACGGAGGCCGUGAGGGCGUCGGCGGCGGGGCGUGCUACGGGGCGGCUCGGGUGUGCGGGCGGCGGCGAUGAGCGACAUCGUGGAGAGGACGCUGACGGCGCUGCCGGGACUCUUCCUCCAGAGCCAGCCGGGCGGCGGGCCCGCGGCGGCCAAGACGCCCUUCUCCUCGCGCCUGGGCGGCCUGGUCCGCGGCGUCACCGCCCUCAGCUCCAAGCACGAAGAAGAGAAAUUAAUCCAGCAGGAACUGAGUAGUUUGAAGGCAACCGUUUCUGCUCCUACUACGACACUGAAAAUGAUGAAGGAAUGUAUGGUGAGACUUAUGUACUGUGAAAUGCUUGGAUAUGAUGCUUCCUUUGGCUAUAUACAUGCAAUCAAGCUAGCCCAACAAGGAAACCUCUUAGAAAAAAGAGUAGGUUAUCUGGCUGUGUCUUUGUUUCUCCAUGAAAGUCAUGAACUGUUGCUUCUCCUGGUGAAUACAGUGGUAAAGGAUCUGCAGAGCACCAACCUGGUAGAAGUUUGUAUGGCACUUACUAUCGUCAGCCAGAUUUUCCCUCGAGAAAUGAUCCCAGCUGUUCUUCCACUGAUAGAAGAUAAACUCCAACAUUCUAAGGAGAUUAUACGAAGAAAAGCUGUCCUGGCACUGUACAAAUUCCAUCUCAUUGCUCCUAACCAAGUACAGCAUAUCCACAUUAAGUUUCGGAAAGCGCUUUGUGACAGAGAUGUGGGGGUUAUGGCUGCUUCUUUGCACAUAUACCUUAGGAUGAUUAAGGAGAAUUCCUCUGGAUAUAAAGACCUGACUGGGAGUUUUGUAACAAUCUUAAAGCAAGUAGUUGGAGGAAAGCUCCCAGUAGAUUUCAAUUAUCACAGCGUGCCAGCACCAUGGUUACAAAUUCAGCUCUUAAGAAUACUAGGACUUCUAGGAAAAGACGACCAAAGGACAAGUGAAUUAAUGUAUGAUGUUCUUGAUGAAUCCUUACGAAGAGCUGAGUUAAAUCACAAUGUCACUUAUGCUAUUCUAUUUGAAUGUGUGCAUACAGUUUAUUCUAUUUAUCCCAAGUCAGAAUUACUUGAGAAGGCUGCCAAAUGCAUUGGAAAAUUUGUUCUGUCACCUAAAAUAAAUCUGAAAUAUUUAGGACUGAAAGCUCUUACCUGUGUUGUCCAACAGGACCCCAGUCUGGCUCUUCAGCACCAGAUGACAAUAAUUGAGUGCUUAGACCAUCCCGAUCCCAUUAUUAAAAGAGAGACUCUGGAACUUCUUUACAGAAUUACAAAUUCACAGAAUGUCACAGUUAUUGUCCAGAAAAUGCUUGAAUAUUUACAUCAGAGCAAAGAAGAAUAUAUCAUUGUCAACUUAGUUGGCAAAAUAGCUGAGCUGGCUGAGAAAUAUGCUCCAGAUAAUGUGUGGUUUAUUCAGACAAUGAAUGCUGUGUUUUCAGUAGGGGGAGAUGUAAUGCACCCUGAUAUCCCCAGUAACUUCCUGAGACUGCUAGCAGAAGGUUUUGAUGAUGAGAUGGAAGAGCAGCAGUUAAGACUCUAUGCAGUUCAGUCUUAUCUCAGUUUAUUAGAUAUGGAAAAUGUAUUUUAUCCACAGAAAUUUCUUCAAGUUAUGAGUUGGGUGUUAGGAGAGUAUUCUUACCUCUUAGAUACAGAAAAGCCAGAGGACGUUAUAAAGAGGCUCUAUAAGUUACUUAUGAGUGACUCCAUUUCUUCAGAAACGAAAGCCUGGUUGAUUGCUGCAGUGACCAAGUUGACAGCUCAAGCACAGGCUUCUGAUACAGUGGAGAGAGUAAUCCAGGAGUUUACCGUAUCCUUGGAUACCUGCAUAAGACAGCACACAUUUGAAUUAAAGCAUUUGCGUGAGAAUGUAGAAGUUAUGAAGAGCUUGCUUCCAGUCAAUAAGAGCUGCGAAGACAUGGUGGUAGAUGCUUCCUUAUCUUUUCUGGAUGGUUAUGUGGCUGAAGGACUCAGCCAGGGGGCAGCACCUUAUAAACCUCACCACCAACGCCAGGAGGAAAAGCUUUCUCAGGAAAAAGUUCUCAACUUUGAGCCAUAUGGACUCUCCUUCUCUUCAUCUGGUUUCACUGGACGACAGUCUCCUGCUGGCAUUUCUCUUGGUUCAGAUAUAUCUGGAAAUAGUGCGGAGGCUGGGCUGAAAGAGACAAAUAGCUUGAAGCUGGAAGGUGUGAAGAAGCUGUGGGGGAAAGAGGGCUAUCUGCCCCAGAAGGAGAGUGCAGCCGGGGAUGGAGCAGAAGCUCCGCCCCUUCCUCCAGAGGUCUCCCCUUCGGAGAACAUAGACCAGGCUGCAGCAAAAAGGACUCAAGCUCAGGUCCUCGCCCCAUCUAAAGAAGAGAAGGAGAAGCAGCUGUUAGCAUCGUCGUUGUUUGUUGGGCUGGGAUCAGAAAGUACCGUCAGUUUGCUAGGAAAACCAGACGUCAUCUCUCACAAGUUCAGAAGAAAAUCAAAAGUCAAGGCGGCCAAAAGUGGAGAAGCAGCCAGUACCCAUAAUCUGACUUGUUCUUCUCUUAAUUCUCUGUCACAUGUGGCCUAUGAAGAAAAUGAUUACUUGACUGCUUUGCAGGAUGGAGAAGACACAGAAUCAAAGGACCUCCCCCUUGGCCCAGAACUUUCGGAUUCAGAGUCUCUCUCAGAACUGCCUUUGGCUGAGAAAGUCUCCGAUUGCAGCCUGUCUGCACUUUCUUUGUUUGCUGAUAGCGACAUGGAAAUUUUUCAGCCCCCUUCAUCUGCUGCAGCUUCAUUGACCAGGGACAUCGCCUCAGCCUCUUGUUUCUUGGAAGAAACUGCUGGGGACAUGUGUUCAGGUCGCAUGGAGGUCUGUAGUGACGAAACUGUGUCUGUGUCUUCCUACAAACUCUGGAAAGACGAUUGUUUGCUGAUGGUCUGGUCAGUCACUAGUAAGAGUGGUUCCCAGUUGAAAGGUGCUGACUUAGACAUUUUUCCUGCACAAAAUUUCAAGAUCAGUGAGCAACGUGGAUGCUGUUUGCCUGUAAUGGAAGCAGGAAGCACCAAAAAUUUUCAGUAUAGCCUGCAGAUGGAAAAGCCUUUUACAGAAGAGAAUCUCUCUGGUUUUGUCAAUUAUCAAAUGGUGGAUACUCAUUCUGUUCAGCUGGAAUUUUCUGUAAACUUAUCACUAUUAGAUUUCAUUAGGCCAUUAAAGAUCUCAACUGAAGACUUUGGUAAACUGUGGUUAUCCUUUGCGAAUGAUGUGAAGCAAAAUAUAAAAAUAUCAGAACCUCAAGCUGCUCUGCCUUCUGCCCUAAAAAUGCUGCAGCAGAAACUGAGGCUUCAUGUUGUUGACAUUCAAGGAAAUGAAGGGCUGUUGGCCUGUCGGCUGCUCCCAUCCACCUCCAGCCUACUGCAUUGCCGAGUUCAUGCUGAUGGAUUAGCACUGUGGUUCAGGUCCUCCUGCCCUGCUCUUCCAGACUAUUUAUCGUAUCAGUGUCAAAAGGUGAUGAUGGUAGGGCCGGGGAUUUAGCUCAGUGGUGCCACUGCCUGCCUCGAAAGUGCAAGGUCCCGAGUUCAAUCCCUGGUACCAAAAAAAAAAAAAUGGUGUUGGAGGGAUCCUAGCAGAGCCUGCUGAACUCUUAUCAAGAUAAAUGGUUUACACAGAUAAACUUAAUUACCAAAGUUAAAGAACUCAUGGUACUUCUCAUGAAAAUGGGAAUUAUUACAAAUUGUGAUUUAUGUGUUUUCUUAUAGAUUCUUGGUCAAGAAUGAUCCCCAAGAAAAUUUAUCCUUACACUUUUACUCAGGAUUGUACAGUAUGUUUGGGUCCAGAAAAGUGACCUAAGCUAAUGUUAUAAAAUGUUAAUGAUUUAUAUAUCCCUUAGUAUAGAAGUACUGAAAAUAAUUUAUUUUGUUAUAAAUAAUUUUAUAGCAAGUUUACUCUAAUACUAGCUAAUUUUUAAUAAAGACAAGACUCAGUUCUCUGUAUUAAUGGAGUGGAGACAUGAAAUUGAUAAUCCCAAACCUAACUAAUACUUGGCUUUGGCAUGCAGUGUGUUGUGGUAGGUAAAUCAGUACUUUCAAUUAUGUUUUGCUUGGGUGACUGUUGACCUAGGUUGGCAUAGCUCAUGCUCGUAGUUGUAGGACAUCCACAAGCAUGUUGGAUACUGGGGAGAGAUUCAACCUGUGGUAUAUUUUUUACUGUAGACAGUUUAUCAUACAUAAUUCCAGAUAAUUUGGCUAUAAAAUUUGUUUUCCGUUUUAAAACUUAAAGUAAAUCACCAUAUUCCUAUUUAAAACUAGAGCAUUUGCAGCAUAUUUCUGUGUAGAAACAGAACCUGUGAGAAAGCACACAGAAAAAGGCUUUCGGUGUGACUGGUAUCUUAAAUCAGUGGUCGUUUGGGAGAUUAAAAUUUGUGACUAGCUUAUAAAUAUUAAGAUUAUCUUCCUUGGUCUUUGAAUCUACUCUCAUUCAGCGGAUCCAGCUGAAGCAAUGACCAGCUGAGUAUGCCACGUUCACAUUACAGCUCUGGCUGUGUGGCCUCUGUCAGGAUUAUCGUCAGUAAUAAGAGGUUAUGCCUAAUCUGAGUGAUGGACCAAAAUCUGAAGAAUGUACCUUAACUAAAGUAGUAUUUUAUAAAACCUUAUGGUGCUGCAGAAAAUAGUCCCUUAAUUCAUGCAUUCUGACACAUCAGCGUGGAGACAGUUCAGGUAACAGUCUGAAGUCACUGUGCUCGGCGCUGGUGGGUCAGUGCCGCUUCCUUCUCACCUGGCCAGCGUUCUGCUUCUCAGUCAUCUCAUCACUCACGCCUGGUACAGGCGCCACAAGGACCUGGGGUGGGAGAGUUCAGUAGUCAGUAGUGUGCACAACGCAAAUAAAAGCACUGUUUUGGAUUAAUUUUUAAGUUAAUCAUUUUUAAAAUGUAACGUUUUGUUAAUUUCAUUCCUAAAAACAUGAGUGAAACCCUGCUGAAAGUGAUGGGUGACUGGAUCUCCAUGUGACUUCCAGAAGGUUAGGCUCAGGCUGAACCCCAGGCUGUGGCAGUGGAGGACUCUGCUGACGCAGAGGGCUGCUGGCCACACAGCUGGCUUUUCAGCCGCCUCCACUCCUGCCUGUCCCCAGGGUCCCCUCACCUGCUGCUGCUCUGACAGUGGAGAGGACAGGCUCUCAAUCUGCAGCAGGCACAGUGCCCGGUGCUUCUGUGUAUGCAGGGUCACUGAGGCAGGGUCAGGUUAGCAUGAUGGGGUCAGAUGUUCGCAGUGUGUGGCAGCUGCCUGGAGGGGUCACGGCGUGUUUGCGAGUGGCAGCAGUAGCUGUCGUGAGACGUGCCUGGCGCACACAGCUGUCUAGUGGCAGGAGAUGUGCAUUGGUAUCAGGUCCAGGGCUGGGGGCACAAUUUUGGGUCAGCCGCCAAGAACAUGACAUCGUUUUUGUUCUUUCUGAACCCACUAAUCAAAAGUAGGGUAACAGGUUUCUGUUGAAAUGUGUAAUAGAAUAUGUGCAAUUUUUAUAUUUUUAUGAUUUUAAAAAUAGUUACUAGAGGGCCGGGGAUUUAGCUCAGUGGUUCCGCCGCCUUCCUCGAAAGCGCAAGGUCCUGAGUUCCAUCCCUGGUACCAAAAAAAGAAAGAAUAGAUACAAAGAACUGUAGAUCAGUAUAUAGUCUACCUAGACUCAUUGAAUGUUUUAAGUUCUAAAUCAGGCCCGUCAGCCUUUUCUGCAUCUUAGGGGGUGGUCCUCAGGUAGGGAGGCUGAGCUCCGUGGCCAGACUCCUUAUCUUUCCUCUUAGCCAUCGUUCAGUCAGGGAAGGGCAGCACCUGGCCACAGAGCUCUGAGAGGAAGCUCAGCUAGGUGAGUUUUGUGCCUGGCAUCUUUGCUGAGAGUGGAGACCUGGAGGAAUAAGAGGCCACAGGAAAGGGGAGGAGCUCAGGCCCCACCAGAGUAGUCCCUGGGGAGGUGGGAGACAGGCCUGGGGGUUGGAGGGGCCAUGGUGUCCCGCAGAGAAGCUGCAUGGCAAAGCUGAGCCCUUGGGCAGUGCGCAUGUGCCGGGCAGGAGUGUCCUUUAACAGUGUUAGGCCAUCAGCUGCCAGAACAGUCAUGGUAAAAGUGCAGUGUUUCAUUUUUCCUUUAUUUUUAUUUCAUAUCAGUAAUAUUUCUCAAAUACUGAAGUCUUUGUCUUUUUUUAUGGACAAACGUCAUAUUUGUCUCAAGAUUGUGAGCCACUGAAAGUGCACUGAAUUUAUACACGUGUCUUAAGGUAUUCUGCUGUGUUAAAAUGUUAGGAGAAAAAAAUGUAACUGAGUAACACUUUAACAGGCAUUUAUUACCUUAUUUCGGAGUUGAAUUCUGUAAUUUGAAUGUGUUAAACAUGUAAUAAAUACAGUGAUCUGUACUUUU